GUUUGAAACAUAGUUGCCUAGGAAUGCAACUUAAAAGCAGUAUGAAAUAAUUACAGAAAAUACAAAGCAAAUACUAGCGGAAGCGCACCAAAAUUUCGGGUGUAUUCACUCAGGUGCUCUUGUUAUGGGUGAACUAAAGAGCAGAGGGUUUGGUUGAGUUGUCGAGCCGAGCAUUAAUUGAGCAAGGACUUGGAUUAUAAUGGACAGCAUUGAUAUAGCGUCGCUCUCCCCGGAGCAGCGCGAGGAGAACACCUUAAAGUUGAACGCCAUCGAAAGUUUCGACGAAAUCUACAUGACCUACAAGCCCCUUGAGCCCGUCUCUUCCACGUCCACCCUAAAAGAAGGCAAUAAACACAACUCUGAGGAAUCUGACGAAUCCAUUAGACCAGCCUACAUAUCAACAAAUACGGAUACCCUAAAUUCGUCAGCUUCAGUAGGUGUCAUAGCGAGCAGAGAAAUUGAAGAAAAACCAAAAGCUAUGGACGAUUCUUUGAAAUCGGAAGAAUCAAUCAACGAACUCCCGGGAAAUUUUAAAUUUAAAAACUCCGAUUUUCGUAUAUCUUCCGGUGAAAUAAUAACAGAGAAUCAUCAGAAAAAUGUCGAAAAGGAUCCGAAAGCUGCCACCGAAGAUGUUUCCGGCAUAAGGGAUCCAAUCCCAUCGAAGAACUGCGUUAAAUUUGCGGCACAGAGCGGCAGACAGGAGGAAAUGGCCGCGAAUGAGUACUACGCACAGCAGAUGGGAAUGCAAAUGGGAACGGGAAUGGGAAUGGGUAUGGGAAUGGGUAUGGGAAUGGGUAUGGAUAUGGGAAUGGGUAUGGGUAUGGGAAUGGGAAUGUUGCCUGGAAUGGGAAUGGGCAUGGGCAUGGGUACGGGUACGGGUACGGCUAUGAGUACGGCUAUGGGCAUGGGUUCGGGUAUGGACAUGGGUAUGGGAAUGGGAAUGUUACCUGGAAUGGGCAUGGGCAUGGGCACGGGUAUGGCAAUGCCUGAAGGCAGCCUUAACUAUUGUGGCUAUAACCUGGCACAGCCAUCAGCAGAGGGAGCCUAUCAAUACCAGCUGCCUGAGGCAGACUACUUGAAGUAUGCCCAGUUACAGUCUCAGUCAUAUCCCGGCUUGGAUAACUAUAUGCCGUUCCAGACGCAGCCGCUGCACCAAUAUCUGAAGCUUCAACAGCAGCAGCAGCAACAGCAGCAGCAACAGCAGCAGCAACAGAUGCAACAGCAACAGAUGCAACACCCGCAGCCACAGUCUGGAGGCGGGGUCAAUAGUUCCUUUGAUUCGUGCACAUCGAGCAGCUAUUAUACGGAAAGCAACACGAGCGACUGCCUGCCAGAGAAUUCGUCCUGUUCCAGUGCAUCCAUGGACUGCUGCAAGUGCGUCAGACCCGACAAGCCGGAGGCCAAAUCAACGGAAAGCGGCUCCAGCGAUACGCGAACCACGGAUUGGAGCAGCUUGGACCAGCAAAGCUGCGAAAUGCCCGAGUCCAUGGACGUGCGACAGUGCCAAGUGGCCCACAAGGCGACCCGGCCCGGCAAAAGCUGCAAUCCGCAGUGCAAUGCCACGUGCCAUGGCGGACUGUGCCAGUUGAACGCCUGCGACAUGUCCGGCUCAACAGCGAACAGCGAUUGCGCCGCGGAGUACUGUAAUUGCGGCCAAAAUGGCAGCUGCCCCCAGCCCGCAGGCAUGCAGGGCGGGUCAUGUUGUUGUCCGCCCAACAUGAACAUGCCGUGUCCACUGCCCUCCACUUGCGAUUGCAUGCAAGCGCCCUGUGCGCUGCCCUCUACCUGCUACCAGAUGCCCUGCUGCCCGCAACAGCCGGAGUCAAGCCCUCAAAUGUCCUGCUGCUGCUCGGCCUACCCGCAGAGCAGUGUCAGCCCCGCCAACUGCUUGGAUAUUGAGGGCUUCAUACAGAAGAUGCGAUCAGGGCAGACACAGUGCUUUCCCAAUUGCCUGACUGCUCCUUCGCCGCCUUGCCUGGGCAUGGGCAUGGGCGCGGGCAUGGGCGCGGGCAUGGGCGCGGGCAUGGGCGCGGGAAUGGGCGCGGGAAUGGGCGCGGGAAUGGGCAUGGGGAUGGGCGCGGGAAUGGGCAUGGGGAUGGGCGCGGGCAUGGGAAUGGGCAUGGGCAUGGGCAGUCCCAGCUGUGGCCCCAGUCCCAGCUGUGGCCCCAGUCCCAGCUGUGGCCCCAGUCCCAGCAGUGGUCCCAGUGCCAGCUGUGGCCCUAGUUCCAGCUUCUCUCAGAGAAUGGAGUCCUGCUGUUCUGGCAAUGACUCUCUGCAGGCUCAAACCGUUUACUCCGCCGACUACAAGCCGUUCGGUGGACCUGGCAACAACUUCAAUCACUUUCCCAAAUGCGAAACUUGCGGCGGCCUCGGCAGCUGCGGCGGCUGUAGCAGCUGCUGCAACUGCCUGAGCUGCCCCUGCACUCCUGUGUGCUACCCAGCUCCGCCCUGCAUGAUGCCACCGCCAGGCUGUGCCUUUGAGAUGCCAUGUGGCGGCAAUGGCAUGAUGCCGCCGAAUGCAUACGGCGGCCAGUCUAGGCCUAUGCCCUGUGCCUGCGCCUAUCCAGCACAUUGCCCUUUUCCAGCACAAUACACUCAAUCGUGUCCUGCACAAUACACCCAAUCAUGUCCUGCACACUUCACUCAAUCGUGUCCUGCAUCCUGCCCAGCAGCUUACGAGGCUCCAAUUGAUGGCGGCUGCGGGGGACCGCCUCUCUGCAAUGUCGCCUCACAGGCGACCAGCUGCAACCUCAGCCGUUAUUCGUCGUGCAUGUAGGACUUCAAAUCUCUACCAAAUUGCUCAAAAUAUAUAUUUCAUUUAAAUACGCUGCAGAAAAUAUACAAAAACUUUGAUUCAAAUAAUCCUAUAAUAAACUAUCAAUUCCCAACUGCAA